AUGGGGAAGAAGAGUUCAUCUCGAGCCGUAUCGAGGGUAUCUUCUACCGCUGCCCCUUCCGCGGCCUCUGCGACUGUGAAUAUCAAGAAAUCGUCCAUCAUUCGCUCAGCCUUUUCCCCGUCAGAAUUCCAAUUGGCGCUCUUUGCGUCCGUCAUCCAGGGUCUAGAUGCGCACCAUAUCCGGAUACACAGCACUUCUUCGGGCCGUCUCCAGUGCGAGCAUGCGGUUAAUCCCAAGGAAUCAGUUACUUCUCUGGACUGGGGAUACUAUGGGGAAGCUUCGCGGGGUGACCAGCCGAUGAAAAAGAGGCGCAAGAGACAUUCUGGUGUCAAUGGUAUUGCUGCUGGAGCGGAAGACGAUGCGGGUGCCAUUGUCGUUGCGUUCGGUACGAGCACAUCUGAAAUUAGGAUGUAUUGCCCUUCCGAAGACAAGGUCACCGGUGUUCUUACCGGAGGACAUGAGAAGGGGAUCAGAGAUUUCAAAUUCACCCUAAAGAGGCCUGCGCAGGAAGGGUGGAGUAUUGGCGGUGAUGGGAAGCUAGUACAGUGGAAUUUGCGCAAGGGAAUUUACGUGAGAGUGAUUUCCUUACCGUCAACUUCCGUAUCUGCCCUGGCUCGACCAGUACCAGCAAACCCACCGGUACUAUGUGCUUCUCAAACACCCUACCUAAUCAGCCCACACGACGAGGCUACCAAUACAGAACCGUCAUUCAGUUCGAUGAAGAAUAUCGUUCAUUCUCUAAUCUCUUCUAACACCGACUACACCGAUCUAUCAGGGCCCUUCCUUGCCUCUGAUUCUGACCGCUAUAUCAACGUCUUCAAUCCCAAGCUUAAACAGCUUCUUGGCUCAUUGGUUGCGGAUAAGGAAAUAGACCUAGUUUCCCUAUAUCCUGGUUCUCACAAAGGGAGCAACGAGAGCGAAAACUCAGGCCAGAAACAACAGCUAGCUGUUGUCACUCGUGAUGGCGCAAUUGAGAUCUUCUCCAACCCUUUCCAUAAAUUUGGUGACAGCUCUGCCUCCAGUACCGCUGGAGCCAGUCUCAAAUCGCUCCGAAAAUCCAUGACCCGUCGGCCAGACGCUGUCAUAAAGCUGGUUAAGCCCGAUAAAACACGCUCACCUGUUCCCGUGGUCUCCGUGUGCUUUGAUGGUGCAGACCUAGUGGUUGUUUGGGUUGAGGGAGGCAUAGACCUGGUUUUUGAUAGGAUACCGUGGCUUGAUGAAACAACGCAGGAGCUGAUGUACAAUGGUGAAACGGAGUUGGUGCGCGGCAAGUCUUCCUCUAACAUUGGUAACGCUAUGAUGAACGGUGUCAAGGAUCUAGGCAAGACUCAUGUGGAUGAAAGCCAUGCCAUUGUCGAGCAAGGCGGAUUCGCCGAAGGCGUCGAUGAUGAGGCAGAGGAGGACGAAAAGUCAGAAAACGACGAUGACUCAGAUGAAGAGCUGGACGAUGCAGACCCAACUUCCAAUGCCCUAACAAAUACCAAUGAAGAUGUUGAAAUGGCAGACCACACAGAUGCGGAGGAUGCAGCUGAACCCUCGUUUGGCGAGCUUCUGGCUUCUGCUCCCCAGACCAUCAGUGUCUCCGCAGACUUUAUGGACAAGACCUCCCUGCUUCAAUCAAAAGCUCUCCCCACAGAAUCUCAUCAGCUCCCUGCCGGCCUCUCCCUAGCAACUGUCCUCUCUCAAUCUCUCAAAACAAACGACAACACUCUACUAGAAUCUUGUUUCCAUACAAAGGACAUGGCUAUAGUAAAGACAACCGUUCAGCGGCUCGAUUCAUCCCUUGCAGCUACCCUGUUGCAAAAACUAGCUGAGCGUCUGUCCACUCGUCCAGGUCGGUACGGACAUCUACUAAUGUGGGUACAAUGGACAUGUAUUGCCCAUGGUGGCUCCAUCGCCUCCAACAAAAGUGUUCUCAAGAAAAUCAGUUCACUGUUCAAAGUCAUGGAACAGCGUUCAGCAAGUUUACCUUCCCUCUUACUUCUGAAGGGAAAGCUAGAUAUGCUUGAGGCCCAACUCGCAUUGAGACAAAGCCUGCAAGGCCGAGAUGGCCGUGUCAUUGAUCCUGACGAAGAACGAGUUAUCUACGUUGAAGGACAAGAAGAUAUAGCUGAUGAAGAUGACGAUGACGCAGAAUCAAUGCAACUUGUUGCCGAAGAUGAACAUGUUCCCAGCCGUAAGGACGCCCGCGGUAUCCUAGAGGAUAACAUGUUUGCGGACAAAGAUGGCGACGAAGAUAUGCCCAUGAUGAAUGGCGUCGAGUCCGACGAAGAAGGGGGACAAGACGAUGAAGAUGAGGAGGAGGAACUUCUCGAUGUCGAGGCAGAAGUCUCCGACGAUGGUGAAGAUGAGGAUGACGACGAAGAGGAAGAUAGUGAUGAAGAGCCCAACUAUGAAGAAGAAGCAAGUCUGUUGGAGUUCCUUGCUAAUUCAGACGAAGAGUCUGAAGUAUCUGAUACCCCUGCCACAAAAUCGAAGAGUAAGUAA